AUGACGGCCAAAUUUGAUCUAAAGAUCGAAUUGAAUCGAUAUAAGGAUUCUGAAGGUGGCAGAAAUUUGCUACCAAGGAAUGAGUUCAAUAUUGUGUUUGCCGAGGGCGGCCUUUUGAAGGAGGAAAUUCCAGAUGGUAGAAGCUUUGAGGGACAGGAAGAUCCAAGUACCAUAAGACGGCUUACUUCAGUCUCCGAGAUACCUCUAUAUUUGGGAUACCAGG